CGCCAGCGGCGGCGGCCGCGGCCGCGGCGGCGCCAGGCCCCCCCCCCCCGGGCAGCAGCGACAGCAGCCGCAGCGAGGAGCAGCCCAUCCACUGGCCCAGGUUUUCGACAUGGCGGACAACACGCACGGCCUGCAGCGACGGGACUUCGCGCAGCUCCAGAACCAGCAGAUGUCCAUCGAGAUGGUCAAAGCCCUGACGCCCGUCGCGAUGCGGGCGACCCUCAGGAACACGCAGGGCAUCGCGACGCUGGAGUGCGCAGCGUUCAUGAUUGUGCUCAUUCAGGCGGACCAUGCAGUCAGCCAGGCCAUCCAGUUGACAGGGAAGUAGUUCGCACAAGAGGCUACCCGCCUGCGGCGAGAUCACAGAGACGAGAUCAGAGCAGGCAACCCAGUGGAGGCGCUGGAGAAGCACCCCCACCUGUGGCUCGCGCUGGUGGGUGCCCGCCAGCAGCAAGGAGAUCGAGUGGGAGCUCAAGAUGCAGCGGCCAUCAAGGCCUACUUGGAUCGGGUCCAGGGAGACCCGCUGCUCACGAACUCCACGCUUGCCCAGCAGGUCGAGUACUGCCGAGUGCCCUACACGCACGACAAGAGCUCGAUGAAGACCCUCAUCGAAGCAAAAGAGACGGGGAUCCAAAGCGCUGGUGCAGCUGGGAGCGAAGAUCAUGAAUGGGACGCCGCCGAAAACCCACCAAGAGAGGCUCUUGCAGCUCGCGCUGGACGGCUUGGAGGCGUAAGCGACUCUAGCAGAAUGAGGCAGGCGACGCAGUCAAGUGCUGGCAAGGCUCCGUCCUUCCCCUCUCCUCCUCCUCUCCCUUCCUCGUCGUCUGAGGCUUCGUCUCGUCGUCCCCGCUUGACCUCCUCCUCGUCCUUAGAUGCAGCGAUUUGCCGACUCAUCCGGGGGUCCCAGAGCGCCGACAGCAAUAAUCUCGCGGGUCGACGCCCAGGGAACCUGCAAUGUUUAGUGGUUUUGCUUUUCAGGAUAAGAUCGCUGCCUUUUUAAAACCUCAAGAUGUUGUUGGCUCGCCUACGGUUCAACAGAGUGGAUCGUGGCCGUCCUUCCUUUUUGUCAUGACCAGGGGGUGCGGUCUUAACCCAGGGAUAUCCCCGUGCGAACGCACCGCUACUGUUAGCUCACUCGUGGUCCUUGUGCUGUGCCGCCGUUCUCUCUCGAGCUUCACACUUGCAGACACGUGGAUCAGCCGAGUACCGCCGCCGCCGCCGCCGCCGCCGCGCCCCACCAACAUCCUUGUCACCCGAAGGUGGUCGUAUAGGUCUGCUGAUGCCGUUUUGAAUCUUCCAGGAGCGCGGUGCGAGUGCGCGGGGGCAUCCUGGCCGACAAGGUUCGGAGACAAGUGCUGACUUCCACGAAAACGCCGGCAUUGUUUGGGGACACGGAGGGGGGCAGGAAAACCCCGGGAAUACACAGAAGGAAUAAGUCCGAUCCUGGAAGAUGAGCCGAGCUGUUUGUGUCGCCCAGGGCCCCUUUCCACAGGUCGGGUACGGCAAGACCGCGACGACGAUCGGCCUCGUGGAGUGCACCCGCGGCGAGGGCCCCGCGCGCCCGCCAGGGGGCUGCGGCGGGGCGCUGGUGCCGAGCCGGGCCACGCUGGUCCUCUGCCCCGUGAACCUGAUCACGCAGUGGGUGCGCGAGGUGCAGAAGUUCGUGGCUGGGGGUCUGAAGGUCGUCCCGCUCCAGACCUAUGCCCAGUUGAAGCGCACCUCCGCCCAGGACUUGGCCGAUGCCGACAUCGUCCUGGCCACCUACCGGCUCUUCUAUUCCGCGCCCUACCUCGAGCGCCUGCGGCAGCUGGCCUGCCUCCAGGCCAGCGAGGGGCGCGGCAGGGCCCGCGCCGCGGUGCCGCGGUGGCGGGCCGCGCAGAUGCGCCGGCGGGGCAUGUUGUGCCGCAGGGUGGAGGCGCCGCUGCCGCCCGCUCUGCGCUGGCCACCCCAGGACCAGAUCCGCAUCGGCGGCCGCGACGCGCAGCGGCGGCACUCCCUGCGCGUGUUCUCGCGCCAGUACGCGCAGGUCCUCGCGAAGCUCGAGGGCGCCCGCGCGCCCACGGUCGCGGCGGCGCCGGCGGGCGGCGCGCCGCGCCCCGAGGUGGGCGGCACGCGGGGCGAGCGGCCCGCCAAGCGCAUGCGGACGAAGGGGCCCCUGGACGCCGCGCCGGGCCGCCGCGGCCGCGGCGCCCGCGGGGCGGCCGAGCGCCCCGCCGACGGCUCGGCCGCGCGGGGGGCGCCAGCGCCCCGCGCGGCGUCCCGCCGCGGUGCGGCCGCGCCCGGCGCGCGCGCGAGGCCCGCGGGCGGCGUGGCAGACGAGGAUAAUACCUCGCUUGGUCUCUUCGCCGCCUCGGCCUCGAACAGCGCCAUGGUCCGCGACAGCCGCGCCGCCGCCUUUGCGGCCCUGGCGCUCCUCGCGGGCGCCUGGGCCGCGUCGCAGGCCUUCGUCGCCCCGACGAGUGCCCGCGUCGGCUCCGCCGCCGCCGGCCGCGCGCAGUCCGCGGUGGCGCUGAACUCCGGCUCGGGCGAGUACACCGGCUUCGUGCCCGACAUGCAGAGGCGCGUGCUGAUGAACCUCAUCGUUGUUGCCGUCUGCGCCGUUCCUGCGCUGGUGGUCCUCGGGGGGUAUGCGUUCUACUUCUUCCCCAAGCUCGGCGGCGGCGGGGGCGGCGCCUCCCCCGUGGGCGACAUCAACGGCGCGGCCGUGCCGCUGAAGAAGUGGGUUGCCGGCCACAAGGACAACGACCGUGAGCUGGUGCAGGGACUCAAGGGCGACGCCUACUACCUCAUCUCCACGCCGGACGGCAUCAAGGACUUCGCCAUCAACGCCACCUGCACCCACCUAGGGUGCGUCGUGCCGUGGGUCCGCUCCGCCAACAAGUUCUGCUGCCCCUGCCACGGCUCGCAGUACGACGAGAACGGAAAGGUGGUCCGUGGCCCCGCGCCCCUGUCGCUGGCGCUCGCCCACACCUCGGUCCUGGAGAGCGGCGACAUCGCCGUGGCCCCCUGGCCCGAGCAGGGCCCGCCGCUGCUGGGGUGCUUCCACUGGAAGCGGCUGGUGCUCGACGAGUUCCACGAGCUGCUCGCGCGGCACCCGCCGGCGCAGGUCGUCGUGCGGAGCCUCAGCUCGACGUACCGCUGGGGCCUCUCGGGGACCUUGCCGACCAAGAAGGCCGCGGACGUGGUCAAGAUGGCUUCCUUCUUCAACGUGGACCUUGCGGGUGCCAGCCACCGGUCCCACGUUCCGAGAACCGUGUGCCAGCAGUGGCUGGACCAUUGCGUGCGGCGCAACACGGCGGGGCUGCAGGAGCUGAAGAGCGAGGAGGAGAUCGUGUUGGUGCGCCAGCACCCAGCGGAGCGCGCCCUGUACCUCCAGCUGGCGCACGCCGCCUCCGACUUGGACCUCGUGGGCGAGGAGGACGCCGCGGCGCUGCUCGCUCUGCGGCGCCGCGGCCAGGAGGGCCUCGUGAAGCUGUGCUCGCACUUCCAGCUCAGCGGGGGCCAGCUCCAGCGCUCGGCGCUGGACGAGUGCGACGCCGUGCUGCAGCGCCGCACGCGCGAGCUGGCCUCCUCGCGGCUGGCCGUGAGGAGGGCGCUCGAGGAGGCCCGGGCGCUGGUCCUGCAGCUCGACCCCCUCCAGCACCUGGUCGACGGGCUGGAGGAGGCGCGCCGGAGGUGGGCCGAGCUCCGCUCGUCCUUCCCUCAGCGGUCGCACGCUGGCGCCGCGGCGGGCAGCCUGGCGGCAGACGAGGACCUCGCCGAGGAGGCCAGGAGGCACCUCCAUCGCUGCCUCGCCGAGGUGGAGGCGGUGCCCGCGGACCCGGCGGGCGUGCCCGAGCCCCUCCGCCAGCUGCUGCGCAGGUCGAGGCCGCCAGAGGCCCCUGCCAUCGGGGCGCCGCAGGAGGCGCACGCGCGGGCGCUGCAGGCCUGGCGCGCGUCCAAGGCUGGGCAGGCCGUGCGCAGGGAGGCCGGGGAGCUGCACAAGAAGGCCGUGCGCGCGGUGGCCGCGGCCCUGCGCGCGAUGAAGACGCUGGAGGCGUGCGCGCGGCUGGUGCACUUCUUCGGCAUCACGGUGCGCACGGCCCGUCUCCCUAGAGGAGCUGAUGAAGUGCCCGAUCUGCUUCGAGGACAUCCCGCUGGCGCUGCGCUGCUUGCUGCCCUGCGCCCACCUGGGCUGCAGCUCCUGUAUCGAGGAGAAGUGGUCCGCCGGGACGCGCGCUGCCCCGUCUGCAGGGCACCGGCCACGGCGCGGCAGGUGAUGCGGCUGGAGGCCCACGAGGGCCUCGGCGGCGCUCCCGCUGGCGAGUGCGGCCGCUUCGGGUCGAAGAUCACGCGGCUGCUGGAGUUCCUGGCGGCGCUGCAGGAGCGCGAGCCCUCCGCGAAGGUGAUCCUCUUCGUGCAGUGGGAGGACCUCAAGCGGAAGGUGGCCGGCGCGCUCGGGGAGUCCAGCCUGGCCUUCGAGGAGCUCCGCGGCGGCGUCUUCGCGCGCAAGCACACCAUCGAGCGCUUCCAGCACGAGGAGGCGGGCAGCCGGGUGCUGCUCCUGUCCCUGGAGGAGACUCCGCCUCGGGCACGAACCUCACCCGCGCCAACCACGUGGUGCUCUUCCACCCCGUCGUGGCCGGCACGCGCGAGGCCGCGGUCGCGUGCGAGAUGCAGGCCUCGAGGGGCGAAGCGCGGCGUGAGCGUCAGCGAGCGCCUGGUGAAGAUAUGGCGCUUCGUCACCGCGGGCACGGUGGAGCAGCGGCUCACCGAGGAGCACCAGCAGGACCUGUGGGAGCGCUGGCAGCGACGGGCCGGUCAACCGGCGGCACGCGGCAGCCGCAGCUGA